UCAACUUUGCGUGUCCGUACUUCUCAAGAAAAUCAAUAUGUCUGGACGUGGAAAAGGCGGCAAGGCCAAGUCUAAAUCGAAGAGCAGGAGUUCAAGAGCCGGUCUGCAAUUCCCUGUCGGCAGAAUUCAUCGUCUCUUGAGGAAGGGCCACUAUUCGGAGCGUGUCGGAGCCGGUGCCCCAGUCUACAUGGCAGCUGUGAUGGAAUAUUUAGCCGCCGAAGUUCUGGAACUUGCAGGCAAUGCAGCUCGUGACAACAAGAAGUCCAGGAUCAUUCCAAGACAUCUCCAGCUCGCCAUCCGCAAUGACGAAGAGUUGAACAAGCUUCUCUCUGGUGUGACCAUCGCCCAGGGUGGUGUGCUGCCAAACAUCCAGGCCGUCCUUCUCCCAAAGAAGUCUGCCGCUGCUGCCAGGAGUGGCAAGAAGUCCAGCCAAAGCCAAGAAUUUUAAGGCGCAUUCU